AAAAAAAAAAAAAAAAAAAGGAGAGAGAGAGAGGGGAGAUUUGGUUUGCGAUUGUUCUCCCGUAUUUCAAACACGUUUUACGGGCUAAAAAGCCUCCACGCGGCCGCUCGGGUGCCCUUUAUAGCCUCGCUCGGCGAAGGAAGUGGCCUGGCUUUGAUUGUUUCGCGAGGGAGCAAAAAAAAAAAAAAAAAACCGUCAUCGGUCUUUGUUCAUUCAUUUCAUCGCUCGGCUUCCCUUUGUUGAACGAGCAUGGGCGCACAAAUCUCCAAAAACGCCGGAAAGGAGGAAGCCGCCGUGGAGAAGCCCGGCGAGGCUGCGGCUUCUACGGCGGCCAAGACUAAUGGACAGGAGAACGGCCACGCCAAACCCAACGGUGACGCCUCCCCGGCAGCCGAGGAGGCCAACAAGGCCGACGUCCAGGCCAACGGCAGCACCCCCACCGAGGAGGCGCCUAAGGAGGACGGUGACAAGGCGGAGGGCGCCGAGAAGGAGCCCGAGGCGGCCGCAGCCACAAACGGCGAGGCCGCCGCCAAGCCCGAGGAAGUCCCCGAUGACGGCAAGCCAAAGAAGAAGCGCUUCUCCUUCAAGAAGCCCUCCUUCAAGCUGAGCGGCUUCUCCUUCAAGAAAACCAAGAAGGAGUCUGAAGAGGAGGAGAAGGUGGAAGGGGAGAAGGCGGAAGGGGAGAAGGCGCCGGCCCAAGAGGAAGGUGCGGCGGCGGCGGUGGAGGAGGAGGAGGAGGAGAAGGCCGAAGGGGAGAAGGCGCCGGCCCAGGAGGAGGCCAAGGAAGCGCCCGCACCCGAGGAGCCCAAACCCGACGAGGCCGCAAAGGAGGAGAAACCGUCCGAGGCUUCUUCACCGGCCGAGCCCGAGGCCGCCGCAGCCGCCAGUCCCGAAGUCCCCGCUAGCCCCGCCCCUGCCGAAUAAUCCUACUGAAGAACACGCCCAAAAUGAAGGAGGCCCACGGAGCCCAUCUGAAAGAAUGCGAGGACUUGUCUGAAACCAGGGAUUUUCUUUUUCUUAUUUUUUUUGUUUUUUGUCUUGUUUACUUUUGUUUUUUACAUCUCAUCCAUAAUGACUGCAAUAUAGGUUCUGGGAGGCGCUUCCCGGCCCUGUGCUUGCAUUCGUGGGUGAACGUGCGACUGAGCGUGAAUGUUGUUUUUUUUUUUUUUUUUUUUUUUUCCCCCCUCCCUUCUUUUUUUUUCUCUACACAUUGCUGACAUAUUUAAUUCAAGUAUUUGGUGCUGGGCUAAUUGGAUGUAGCAGCUAAAACUGUGCGUGUGCUGUACGGCGAAACAAAAAAAAAGGAAAAAGUCUUCAAACAAAAUGGCGUCGUUUACAACUCCCGCUUUGGACCACAAACGUUUACCCCCCUCUGGGGAACUAGAUUUAGUAACCAUUCCAAACAAUAACAGGUGCUCAUCACUUGCUCCUCUGCUGUUUUCGAGUCCGCCAUUUCCAAACUGUAGUCAUGCACGUUGUAUAGACUUUGAUAUUGCUGGUUUUAUGACUGAAAUGUACCUAAAUGACAUUUUUAACCCAUUGUAAAUGACUGUUUUCUUGUUUUUCCACCAUUUGUAAGACUGAAUAAAACUGGGAGAUGUUUUAAGCAAAAACAAAACAACAAAAAAACUGAUCAAGCUGUGAUGAUUAUAUAACACUUCAUCUGUAGACUAGUACAACUUAGGUAGGAUGUCUUUUUUUUUUUUUUUUUCUUUUGUACAUAAAGAUUGAAUGUAACAUUGGCUCCAACAUGGUAUUUAGGUGUUGACUUUCUGUGAGCACUGAAGAAUAAAGGAACGUGUGAAAUUGGCA